GGUGCGUGCAUAAUCGAGGCCGGAAUCGAGCAGCUCACACACCUCGCUACCAAGCACUGUCGCAGAUGUACCGUAUUGCUAUACUCUAAGAAAUCCGAAAGAAAAUUAAAACAAUAUAUUGUCAAUUAAAAAAUAAUAGCAGCGUACAUCUUGCGCGGUGGCGUGGAUCGCGGGUGUACCACGAUCGGAAGAUCUUCGAUCGUUUGAAAGUACGAGAGACUCCGGUUCGUCUUCAUAAACCGUACAUUGAGCCGUUGUAGUCGGCUUUUCUAAGCGGAUUGCAAAUCGCUCAGAGUGUGACACGAUUGCAGCUCAAAGUCAAAUUGCUCAAAGUGUAAUAUUCUCGAAGAGGAAGAAUCGUAAGCGGGCCAUCCCCGUUUAGUCAUGAAUUCUGAAGUAGAAACGACAAAUCCGCAGAAUGAAGAUUCCGAUGUCGCAAGCGAUCUUCGCGAAAAAGGUAAAAGUGCGGUCAACGAAAACACAUUCACGGAUGUUUUACGUGAGGCGACCGCCGAUGUAUUAAAAAAAAAAAUUCAGGAAAUAAAAGAGGAUGUUCUGGGGCAUGUUAACGGCCGUAUUAACGACAUGAUGUUAGAGAUUCAGAAGAAGAUAGAAGUACCUAUCGCUAAAAAUGGGGAAUUUUUGUACAGUUCGAAUAAAUAUCGUGACAAAAGGGAAUCCACCAAGAGUGACACGCUGGGGGAUAAGGAGUUCCUCGAAAGAAACUCAUUAUUCACCGAUCUUUUCAGUAUCUCACACAUUCGCACGGUAUACAAUCUAUUCAUGGUAAUCUUCAUAAUCUUGCUUUCUAACACUGUCGCAUCGGAUAUCACGGAAUCAGGAACGAUCCGCGUUGGUACCGAUACAAUACUGAUGUGUUUCGAAAAGUUUCCAACGUGCAUGUACAUUUGGUCCCUCAUGCAAACUUCGACACUGGGUGUCUACGUGGGUUUCAUCUUAUGGGCGUACCAGCGACUCCGAUUCUUGCCAAAAUCCUUCAUCCGAAAAUUUUGGGAUUACGGCUGGGUAUCAGCAUUUAUAUCGUAUCAAAUUCUAUUUUUUAUCGUUCCUACCAAAGCGGUAAUUGAAACAAAACUUGCUAUAGCUUGCAGGUUAAUUGUUCUCUUAGAACAAAUACGCAUGAUAAUGAAGAGUCACGCUUUCGUCAGAAGCGCGGCGUCCAGAUUUUUAUCGUAUAAACCUCAUAGCGAAACUCCGCAGCCGAGUGGCCCUAAGUUCUCGCAAUUUCUGUAUUUCCUGUUCGCACCGACUCUUGUGUACCGCGACGAAUAUCCCAGGACAAAAAAGAUUAGGUGGAUGGUGGUAAUUCAGAAUUUCAUCGAAUUCGGCGUAACGAUCUUCUGUUUUGCCUUUAUCAUGGAUCACCUUAUACUACCGGUCUACAACGUGUUCGGAACACAGCCUUUGGAACGGAAGUGGCUUGUCAAGAACAUGAUCGACUCUAGUAUCCCUGCUCUUUUCUUCUUGCUUACCGCACAUUACCUCCUGCUGCACGCGUGGAUGAACGCCUGGGCUGAAAUGCUGCGGUUCGCCGACCGAUUGUUUUACAAGGACUGGUGGAACUCCACGACUUAUCAUGCGUACUACCGCACGUGGAACGUGGUGGUGCACGACUGGCUGUACACGUACAUCUACAAGGACAUGUACGAGAUCGUGGUGCCGCGUAACCGGGUGCUGGCAGCCACGGCCGUAUUUCUUACCUCUGCCAUCGUCCAUGAGUAUAUACUCUCGUUCGCAUUCGGCUUCUUCUACCCGGUGAUGUUCGUCCUGUUUGGCGGUAUAGGCUUCGCCUUGUUCUUUGUCCGCAAGUUCGUCACCAGUAACAUCUUUAUAUGGCUGAGCUGGAGCUUGGGUAACGGUAUCAUGUUCUGUCUGUACUCGAUAGAGUCUUACGCCCGAAUCAACUGUCCACCUCAUUCUAAUUACUAUUUGGACCUGUUCAUACCGCGAAGCUGGAGCUGUCAAGAAAAAUUUAACGUCUGAUCAUUUCGUGAACGUAACGUGUGGACGGUAAAAUCUUCGUGGGACGAUGGAUUCCCUUCGCUCUGGAAUCAGAUACUAUUUGAGAGAUAUACUAUUAUGUACAAGUUUGUAUAAUCAGUUCAGCAUUAAACUGCAAUAGAGCGAUGAAUAAUUUGUUGACAUAAAAAAUCGUAAUCGUAAGAAGAUUAACGGCGGGUUAGACUUAAUUGUUAGUGAAUUGUGAUAAUUAUUCAUUAGCAAUAAUGAUAAUAGUGGCAAUUGGUUUACAGAAUUGCACCGUAUUAAUUUCUUUUUUACUUCAUUUUUGAAUAAUUACAACUCUUUCUAUACUGAUAAAAUUUCGAAACCGACAAAAAUGUUUUUUUACAUUUUUUCUGCAAAAAAGAACCAACCGUUAUCAUAAUUAAUGACGUACCCUAUUAACAAUUUUCAAAUUACUUCAUACAAAAACGACAUAAUAUUGUCUACUCUCUCUACUCUAUCACAUUUCUCAGUGAAAAUUAUUAACUUUACGAUCGAAAACCGUAAAAAAAUUCAGUCUAAUUUGUUUUUUUCGAAGAUGUUAUAUUGUUGUGAUUUUCUAAUAUAAUUUAUGAAAAUAAUAUAAUUUAGACCUUAAUCAAUGAAAGCGAAAUCUGUAUGCCGAAAGCACGCGGUGUAUCAUGAAUGCCCGGAAGUAAUCUUAUGAGAUAACAUGCUCGAAUUUCUAACUAAUUGUAAUAUUAAAUUAGCUGUAAAGAGGAAUUACGUUAUUAAAGAUACAAUGCACGAAGAUUUAUAUAAAAAGAAA